AUGCCGGCUGAUUGGGCUGACUGUUUGCAGCCCAUUUUUAGGCUCAAGCAACGUCAACCUUCCUGCUCAGAGACACCCCUUGACAAGCGUUGGGAGCUCGUCCUCCUUUUUAACCGCACACCCUCCCGAAAGGGCAGUAAAGCCGCUGCUGUGUUUCCUGCAUCUGGACACGCAAGGAAAGCUUCUGGAAUGCGUGUGAUGUCGCAACUCCAGAUCCUCGACGCCCAACUAUGCGUGUAG